AAGCAUCUGCAGUUCCUCCCUGCUACAGUUUACGGUCGCGACUGUUGCGCGUCUCUGGAGGGGCGGAGGCCUCGGAGGCCCGGCUUCAGUCGGCGGCCUUUCUCCAGCCAGUGCUGGAGUGGAUGAGUGCCGGUGGCAGCUGCGUGUGCCUGUGUCUGGUCGCCGGCCUCCCGGGAGCAGGGAAGACCACGCUUACCCGCCGUCUGCCGGAGCUGCUGCAGCCGAGGGCGCAGUCGGUGGUGCUGCGCUACGAUGAUGUCAUUCCAAGGGAGGCUUUCCAGGCUGUAACGCAGGCCGAUGGCGACCUUUCAACGGACAACCCCUCUGGAACGGAUUCACUUUGGAAAUUGUACAGACAUAAACUGCUGGUAUAUAUUGAGUGCUUAAUUCAGGCUAUUAAUGAAAAUGGCCAGCUCUCCCUUUCGGGCAAUGAAAAUGACUCAUUGUGGGAAUGCUUCAUUGAGUCACUGAAACAACAGCAAAUUAUCUCUGGAGAAACCCAGCAUGGAGUGCAGAAGUACUCAAUUUGCAUCACACUUUCAAAGCCCUUAGUUAUAAUUUUGGAUGACAACUUCUACUAUCAAAGUAUGAGACAUGAGGUUUACCAGAUGGUGAGGCGAAAUUCCAUAGGCUUCUUGCAGCUGUUUCUGGAGUGCCCGCUAGAAUUAUGCCUGACGAGAAAUCAUGAGCGGGGUUGUCUGGUUGAUGAUGAAACAAUAAUUCUGAUGUCAGCAAAAAUCCAGCCUCCAGACCCUGCGAAAAAUGCAUGGGAAAAGAACAGUAUUAUACUAAACAAUUCAGAACAUUUUAUGGAAGAUGAAAUGCAAGCGGUAUUUGCACUUCUUGACAGUUCAAUAGAAAAUCCAGAGAAGCCAUUAGAAGAAAACAAUGAACAAAAGGAGAGAGAUCGUGCCACUUGUGCUGCUAGUGCUCUUCAUCAAGCUGAUCAAGCCUUCCGCCGCUUGGUGUCUCAGUCUAUGAAAACUGCAAAAGCUAAGAACCUUUCAAAGUGUAAUUUGAAGUUGCUGUCUCAAGAACUGAACAAGCUUAAGGCUGAGAUUUUGGAAGACCUUCGACAUCUCAACUUCCAGAGCAAUCCUAUAAAACUUUAUGGUGAUGUUGAUGUGAUCGUCAAAGAAGCUACACAUGAAUUUGAUCAGAGGAAGGAAAAAAUUCUGAGGAAUUUUCUAAAAUCCUCAAGUUAACAAUGCAUGGUGCUGUCCAGUUUGUCUACAGCCCAUAGUUUAACCUGUCUCAGUACUCUAUCUUAGUUAUGAGAGUUUGACUUAGAAAAGUCAGGUUAUUUGCUGGAGAACUGUGCAGAAUUGCUAUUGUAAGGAUCAGGUGCACCAAUAUAGAGUAUAUAUCAUUGUUGUGCAAUGUAUAAUUAUAUCUGUUAAAAGAGUGAAACAUGUUUUGCUUGUUUCAUAAAAUGUACAUGAGUAAAGUACUGAAGAUGAUCGAAAGCUGAAAUAAAAACGUUAGAAACGCUCUGAGGGUGUAGAGAUUUGAAUAAAUGUUAAGAUGCAGAGAAAGGCUGCUGCAGGUAGGAUGCAGAGAAAGUAAGUAACAAAAGCAUGAUGGAAAGGGUGUGGUAAUUGAACAAGUAAUUUAGAGCACAUCUAAAUAACAGGAGCAUAUUCAUUAACUGAUACUAAAUUCAAUGGACGGUUUAAUGUCUGUAUGAUGGGGGCUUAACAUUUGCCCUUUUUAAGAAUACAGAGAGUAUUUGUUUGGGUAAAAUUCUGCUACAACUGUAAAUAUUUAACUUUUUUAUGAAAAUAUGUUCAGAGAUUGUAAUAAGUAAAUAUGUUACAAGAGAUGAUGAAUAACCCGUUUGUUUUUACAAAAUAUUUGAGAGUCUAUACAGCUCAUAGUUUAA